UAAUCAUUAUGCUUAAGCAGCAUCUUUGCAGUGCUGCCACAUGCAAAGGCUUUUAUGUUAGUUAAAAGCAGUAGACAAUUUGGUGAUCUAUACUCCCAGGCCUCAUGAGACAAAGAUAGGUCCCCUCCUCUAUCUAAUCUAACAAUCCUACUUUAUCUCCCUAACAUCAGUAAGAAAAUAGAUGAAAUUCAAUUAUCUUGUCUUUGGUCUCCAACAACCUCCAUUCCAUUUUCCUUCAGCUUCAAGACUCAUCAUCAUUACCACUUUAUAUGUGUAGCCCCAGGAUUCAACUCAAUUACUAGCUAGGACAGUGACAUAAAGACAGAGCAUGGACCCAAGCAGCAGAAGAAGAAGAAUUGGCGUUGUUGCUGCAGGCUCUGUUUGGGAAACGAGAAUGCAGAGCGACGACAAAGCAAGCAAUAACGCCAUUGUUAAGGCCAUUCAUCUUCAAGCCGCCGAUGUAGAAAACAGUUAUAACAAGCAAAUGAGUUCAAAGGAGGUUUCUUUGGGGGUUCACGGAAAGCGACGGACUUGGAAGUCGGAUGUGAAGAAGAAUACAUCAUCUGAGAUUGGUCGAGCCGAUUCUCUGAAGCUCACGAAGCAGAGAUCGAUUGUUAAUACUCCUCCGGUGACUCCGAGGAGAUCGAUUGGUACUACUCCACCGUUGACGCCGAGGAGAUCGAUCUCUGGUGACUCCAAUGAUAAGAGUUUGACAGUGUCGGUGGCGGUGAAGAAGGCGAGAUCUGAUUCCGUAGAAAGCCUUGAGAAGACUCCGGGUCGGGUUAAGAAGACCCGAUCGGAGCUGUGCACGGCGAUCGUCAAAUCCGGUGAAUUUGAUUCAGUUGCGUUGAGAAAAGUGAAUUCAUUGCCGCCUCGUAAUUCCGAGAAAUCUGAUGAGAAAACAGAGCAUGUAGAUGAACCGUCGGUGUCGGAGCUUCCAGACGAUGUCAAAGAGGAGACCGUAAACGAAAAGCUGCAGAUUCCAGAAGAAGACAAGGAGCUCGGUGUCUGUCAGGAGAUAGUUGUCCCCGCUAAUUCGAACGAAAGUGAGCAGAUCGACAAUGGCGAUCACGAGGAGGAAGAAGAAGAAGAAGAAGAGGAGGAGAAAGAAGUGGAGAAAAAGAGUGUUGAUGUAAAAGAGAUGAACGUAGCGAGCGAGAAUAGGAAUAACAGAGUUGGUGAUGUUGAGAUUAAAAAGUACAGUCAAUUUCAAAACAGAACAUCUCCAUCUCCGUCUUCCGUCCGGAAAAUUCCGCCUCCGGUGAUCAAAAGGGCAACUUCCGUUUAUACGAUCCCACCAAGCACAGAUAGAUUUGCAGAAAAAGAAGAAAACUUUCCUCAUUCACAGAGCAAAUUGCAGAGUCUAGUGGAUCUGGUAAUGUGGAGAGAUGCAUCAAGGUCGGCGCUUGUGUUCGGCUUCGGAACAUUCCUCAUCAUCUCUUCUUCAUACGCCAAUGAUCUCAACUUCAGCUUCAUAUCAGUGGUGGCGUACAUUGGACUCAUCUAUUUAGGCGUCAUGUUCGUAUUCAAAUCUGUGAUCCACAGAGGAAUAGUGGAGGAGGAGAGGCAUAAAGGGGUUGGAAUGAGAGAGGAAGAUGUGAAGAGGAUGCUCAGACUCAUAAUGCCUUACCUCAACGAAUCUCUGCUUCAACUCAGAGCCCUUUUCUCCGGCGAUCCUUCCACCACCCUCAAGAUGGGAGUGGUGCUGUUUGUCUUGGCCAGGUGUGGCUCUUCUAUCACUCUUUGGAACCUCGCCAAAAUUGGCUUUUUUGGAGCAUUUACAGUGCCUAAAAUCUUCAUCUCCUACUCAACCCAUUUCUCUGCUUACGGGAAGUUCUGGUUUAGGAGAUUCAGGGACGCAUGGGAAUCGUGCACUCACAAAAAGGCGGUGGCUUUGGCACUCUUCACCCUCGUCUGGAACCUCUCCUCCGUCGUUGCUCGUGUGUGGGCAGCAUUCAUGUUAUUCGUCGCCUUGAGAUAUUACCAGCAGAAUAUGAUUUGGACGACUGAUCAAGAUGAUGAUGAUGAGGAACAUGUAGUAGAAGACGACGACGAAGAAGAAGAAGAAGAAGAAGAAGAAGUAAAGCAACAAGUCCGUAAACCCAAAAGAGCUCCUUAUAUGAUGAUGCCUAAUAAACUCAAGAAAUUUUCGUGAAGUUCCCUUUAUUUUU